AGAAACGACUCAGAUCAGACAUCGGCAAGCCGAUUCUACAAAUGGGUAACGAAGAAGCCGCGUAACAACUGCAAGGCAGCAACCGAAAGCAAACCCAAAACAAAACCCGUAGAGACUCAGGUCAAGCUGUUUUGCCUUUCCCCAUUUUUGGUUUGCAGGGAAUAUAUAAUCGGUGGUGUUGAUCAUCGGAUCUUGAAAACAGGGGUUUUAGGAAUGGAGAAAGUGAUGAAUAUUUUGAAACCCAAACCAAACCCACAGCAACAACUCAGAGAUUGGCAACGGAAACUCCGUCAAGAGUGUCGCAACAUCGAACGCCAAAUUCGAGAUAUACAGAGAGAAGAGAAAGGUGUGCAGAAAGCAAUUAGGGAAGCAGCCAAGAGAAAUGACAUGGUGUCUGCUAAGACACUUGCUAUGGAAAUUGUGAGAUCUAGAAGAACAGUAAACCGUCUUCAUGAAAACAAGGCUCAAUUGAAUUCUAUAUCAAUGCACCUUGGGGAAAGUGUUGCAAUUGCUCGUACGGUGGGGCAUUUGUCCAAGAGUGCAGAGGUAAUGAAACUUGUUAAUAACCUCAUGAAGGCUCCUGAAGUGGCUGUCACGAUGCAAGAAUUCAGCAAAGAAAUGACUAAGGCAGGGGUGAUCGAGGAGAUUGUGAAUGAUGCUGUUGACACAGCACUGGAUUCUGAGGACAUAGAAGAGGAGAUUGAAGAAGAAGUUGACAAGGUCUUAACUGCAAUUGCUGGUGAGACUGCUGCACAGCUGCCUGAAGCAGUCAGGAAGGAAAGGGUAAAGCAACCUGCCCAGACAGCAGAAGCUGAUGAUGAGGAAGCAAUCGCUGAGGGUGCUGAUGAUGAGGAAGAACUAGAAGAAAUAAGGGCCAGACUUGCCAAAGUUAGGUCCUAGUUUAAUUCUGACUCUACCCCCUCCCACUUAUGGGGGCUAACAAGACGAGUAUGUUAACUUUCAUAAAGGCCUUGUUAUCGGCUUCAGAUUUCAGUAGAUGAAACCCACGUCACCCUGGGAGAGAGUGUUGAAGAAAUGCCUGUAUAUUCUACCACAAUCAGGUUAUGAAAUACACAACGCUUGCUGUUAUUUAUGCAGAGAUUUGGAUACAAAAACAUCAUUGCAUUAAUCAUUAAUUAUCCCUGUAGUAUAGAUGUCUGCUAA